CUGUACUAUACUGACAAGUUCGAGUACGAGAACGUUUUGGUGGAUAGCUAGCUAGCUAAGGUGGUCAAGUAUAUAAUGCCUACUUCGUGACAUUCGUAGAGAUUGUGUGUCCCUUCCAACAUAAUGGCAUCUGAUGAAGAGCCCUCCAUCUACGAAUGGACCGCUCUGGUGGACGGCAACACCGGGCACUAUUACUACUGGAAUACAUUUGACGGCAGCGUUGUGUGGCAACUGCCUGUCGAUGCGAAGGGCUACAAUGUAUACGUACAGGAGGAAAAUGGGACUCAGGUGCUGGCCUCGAUAGCACUGAAGACAGAAGGGUCCACUAAUUUACACGACAGUGUAUCAAUAACCCCUGAUGAUUCGCCACCUGGGGUCGAUGCGGUAGGUGUAGGAGAAGCUACGAUAGGCAAUAAGAGUAUAAGUACAAGUAUACACACAAGUACACUUAGUUCACCAGUACUUAGAAACGAUGGCGUACAAACAGAUACAGGCGCCAUAGCGAAAAGUACGAAGGUGGGGCUUGGCACGACGGAGCAGAGCAGCUUCACAGGGGCUGCAUCUGUGUCGAAGGGGCCUAUACUGAAACGAGACCUGAAAGUUGUUGGGGAUACGGAUACUACACUGACUGCAAGUAAUAGACUGAUUAAUGUGAUUAGUCCAGGUAAGGCCAGUGGUGUAGACACGGCUAACCGCACACCUAAGGACGAUGUUAAGGUCGCUCAGACAGUACAGAAGGGCCCUGGGUUGAAGGUGGGCGUCACAAAGGCAGCAUCAACCCAGUCGUCAGAUACCUCUACGGCGUCUGGUUCUGCGCACACCCUGUCGAGCUGGCCAGUUUUAGUUCGGAAUGCACAACUCACUAGAGAUAUAAAGGAGGCCGCUUCACCCGCGUUGACGCCUGCAGGUGAACAUACAUCUGCAGAUACUACCGAACCGGUACAUACACCAAAACCGCAUGUCACAAUCGAUACUGACAAUAUGAAAGACACCCUCGCCGCUGUUAGUAAAGCUAAGCCAGUAGAUACGGUCACCUCAAUUAACAAUGAGGGCACCUCUUCCAGUAUAUCAGAUGAGUCUAAGGCGGUUGCGAAAUCCGGAUCGUUGUUAGGAGGGUUGGCGUCUGUGAAUUAUUCAUCGUCGUCGGAUGGGUCCGAUUCAGAGCCGGAAUCGGACAGUGACACAGAAAAGGACAGAAUGGACUCUAUGGCCACGGGCCAAUGGUAUAAAAAUACAACCUUAGACACGAAUACAAAUACAAACACGAAAAUAGAAGGACCAACAAACUCAGACUUCCAGCCAGAAAGUGAGCCAACAACCGAAAAGGAGGGGGAGGACGUGAGCGAGCAUGAACCUUUCGAUGCGGAUAAGAAGGCUGGUGUAGACGCAUCAGAUGUGGGGUUAGGGUCCAUGGCAGAGUGGAAGUCAUGUGAUGGCAUGCCAUCCUCUGAGGCAAACGAGCAAGCUGCACAGGACAUUGCGCACAUGGGCAGUGCUGUGUUGGAGGAAACUCAAAAUAAGGGGGAAGAUGGCUUGGGUGACCAAGAGAAAGAGGCAGGAGGUGCGGUAGUAGGUGUAGAUGAAGGCGAUGGGGUAGUCGUAGUAGGCGACGAAUCUGCUAAUGCUACACAGACUGUGGUGUCGAAGGCUUGCCCAGAUCCGUCUGGAGAUGAUGAGAGUGCAAAUGUAGAGAAAGAUGGGGAAAUGAAGGUGGGCAUAGAUACGGUUGAUGAUUCAGAUUUAGAAGAAGGCCACUGUAAGGCUGUGACCAUGGCAACAGCGACAAACAUAAAGCCGGUGACAGUAGAGUGCAUAGAUGUCGAUGGCGAUGGCAUGACCAAUGCAGCUACGUCGGCCGUAGUGUCUACUGUCUGUAGUACCACACAGGUAUUGGAUGAUGAUAGUACAAUUGGUGUGCGUGAUGACGAAACUCUGAGCGUCGAAGCACGAGUUAGCGGUAAAAGAAGUGCCUCAACAGUCGAGCAAGAUGACGUGAUUUUGAGAGGAGACACCCGUGAGACCGGCAAAUGGACCGAACUCUCCGUUGCGGGUACGGCUAUGGAGGCCAAGGCGCCGUCGGGUGUGGGAGUGAAAGCGGGUUUUAGGGUGAAACGGGCGAGGAUUAAUCUCCAAGCGAAUCCGCUGGAGGUGGAAGAGGAUGUACAGAACAGUGCAACCUCCGAACAGGAUGGCACGGGAGCUGCUAUUGUCCCUGAUGUUGUGAAGCCGAUGAGUGUCACCGAUAAAGUGGCACAGUUUUUGGCGCAUAUAACGGAAAUUGCUCAAAGAUCUGAUGAAAGGUUUGAGAAGGAGAGGACUACUGUCACUACCACCACAGACUUGGCCACUCUUUUGACUAACAAGUUCUCAGCCCUGGGUUACAGUAUAGCCGACCCAUCAGCAAUACCUGUAAUGGCCGUCGAGUUACGCACGCGGUGGCUGGAUUGGUCCGCAGGAGAAAUUUCGACCGAGUACUUCAUCUCAAAGAUCAAGGAGCACGCUCAGACACUCAAAGUGCACGAGCAAUCCGACCUCCCCAACUCUUGGAAAUGUGUGUGGAAUCAGGAGAGGAAUGCAUAUGAGUAUGAGAAUCAGGUCAUCGGCGAAUUGUCAGACAUGCACCCUUCCUACCACCAAGUCACAACAGUUUACAAACCUGCAGAAACCCAUUUACCAGGCGAUACACAUACACACACACAACCUCCCGAGCCUAACGAGCCUGUCCGGGCCCCACCUGAGCCAGCGUCACCAGGUUCACAUUCCCCGCCUCCUCCUCCUCCCCCUCCCCCCUCGGAUGACGCACACGCACCACCACUGCCACCGUAUGCACCGGAUUCAGUGACGGUGAAUGCACCUACAUUGUAUGUCAGCGAUGCAAACUCCCAUGCUGAUCCUCCUGUACCGUGGGAUUCCUGUACGAAGGUGUAAAUCUGAGCGCUUUAGAUCUGGAGUCUUAUGAUCGUACCUCAGAUGUGCCCUCGCAUCCCAAUUCCGGUACCAAUUCCGGGCUGAGUGGUAAGCGGAGCCCCAUUGCUGGAUCACCUCAGAAGAAAAAGAAGAAAAAAGGCCCUACGAAGAAGGUAAGUAAGAUGUUUGGGAAAUGGGCUGCUGCAAAUGUAGAGAUGGAAGAAAGCUCACUUCCAGGCAGUGACGAAGAUGUGCCACUGACGGGUGAGCAAUGGGCAGCGCAACAGAGCGAAAGUGCUAGCGCUAAGUGGAAUCCGAACUUCGCCCCCGUGGGAGCUGGCCGCAAUCGUCCACGGUAACCCUACCAGUGGCUAGUAAUAAGCAAUAAUUAUACCUAUAGAUGGUUUCUGAAGCAGCGAUGUGGCUAACUGAAAAACUGAUCGAGGAUCUGCUGCCUCUACACCGCUCGGCGCAUCGCUCAAGGGAGUGCGCUAUAGUGUGGUGAUUAUGGAUUGUGUGCAAGUCCCGCGAGGUCGGCAGGUCAGCUCGCACCAGACCUUAGUCGCCUUUCUACUUCACAUAUAUGGUAGUAGUAGGUGAAGGGACUUGACAAUGCGGAUUUAAGAGGAGAACGGCUCGAAGGUUCUAAACUCCGCCACAUUCUUUGCUUUGCCCUGAGUGGUGUAUGAUUAGGCCCAGAGUCGUCGAAACUCGAAGUGGUGCUCAUAUCCGAUGCUAUUUGUCAUGUUGGGGCUGACUUAUACAUAUACGAUGCGGCAUAUACUUUCCUGUUGCCCAUAUUGACACCAAGACGAUCAUUUCAUCUCGCAUUUGCCCGUGAAUGAAUGCGCCUUCCAGAGGCUGAAGCUAUGUAUAGCCUGACGGCCAUCAGCAACCUACGAAAUAUGUAUCCACGAGACCGCGUGUCUCGUGAAGCUGCUAAUUUUUGUCACUUCUGGCGAGCUACUGAACCGAGCUACUUCAGGUAGCCCUCACUUUUGGCGAGCUACUGAACCGAGCUACUUCAGGUAGCCCUCACUCCAGCGCAUUGUGACAAACAUGCUGACUAUGCGAGCCACAACUUUUGCAUGUAUACCGUUGGUGGCAAUGGAGCUUUCUUGUCACUUGCGAGAUCUUUCACUCGAUCCGUACAUGUGCAGAAUAACCCGCGUACAUCACGUGUACAAUUGGCGAUCGAUCACAGAAGCUCUCUCCUAUACCACAUUCACCAAUCAUGGGGCGUUCAGUUGUUUGAGAACGCGUAGUUUCCACACCUCGCGCAGGUGCAAGCAGUAGAACCCUGCACAAAAGCACCAGCACGGGUUAUUGUCCUAUUCUUUACAGAGAUGGAUGUCACGUAAACCACUUCUUAACGGCCUGUCCGUGUUGUAACCGAAGCCCCUCGUUGACAGAUUUCAUCACGGCCGCCGUUUCGUCUGGGUCGCACUGGAGUACCAUGCAGAUGGCCUGCGCGAGAUGCUGUGUGAUUGUGCAGGUUAAAUGUGUAUUUGUAGUGAUUAAUAAGCGAUUUAGAGCUCAAUUCACGCCCUGGGUAUUAAGUCUGUGAAAGGGACAAAAUUGCCAGAUAGUUGUAGCGUUGUACAUUUUCCUGCCGCCAGACUGAGUAACAACGUGGAACCAUUCCAUACAGAAGGGCGAACGAGAACACUACAGAAUCUCAUCACAAAGUUGAAUAGUCGUUCUGCCAACUCUACGCUUCAAUUAUGUGACACGACACGCACAAAAAUCACAUUCUGGCACAGACGAAAAUAAGGAUAUAUAAAUGCAGAUAAUGAC